CUAACAACAGUUCGUCUGACAAGUAUCCUUCCUGUCAUGAUUCUGUCGCCGCGCCGUCCCAGUACGGUAUCACACCAGUGACUGUUUGACUCACGUGUGUAACGGUGCGUUUGCCGUUCAGUGUGCAUUACCCUGCCCAACCGUCGCAAUCACAGCCCAGUAGGCCAGUACCUACGUACCAGUGACUGUUUGACUCACGUGCGUAACGGGAAACAUGGCUAAGGAAAUUAAGCAGCGAACAUACACACAGAAGUUUAGAAAACAGUGGCUGCAAGAUGAUAUAUGCAAGGACUGGAUCGCAGAAGUUCCUAACGACGAAAAAAGUGUUCUUUGCAAAUAUUGUAAAUCAACUUUCAGAGCAAAAUAUUAUGACAUAAAGGAUCACGCAAAGAGCAAGAAACACCAAGUGAACAGUGCACCCUUUUCUUCUUCCCGACAAGCAAAAAUAAGUUUUACCAUCAUAAUCACAAUACAUUCUGAUUAAGUUUUCUUUUUGUUGCCGGAAAAAAAACAGCCGUUUUUUUUAGCCAUUUACAUAAGAAUUUAGCCAUUUUCUAGCCAGUUUUAGCGCUACUUGUAGCCGAUUCCCUUAAGAGCAAUCUGGCAACACUGAACACGCCUAUCAGCGAGCCAGUCUUCAUCCUGCCAUCGUAUGUGGUGCUUGUGAUUUAGGUUUUGGAAGUAUAACAUUGGUGAUACGACAUGUCUAAAUGGAAAGGCACGUAUGACUCUACAAUAACUUAUCACAGUGCAUGGGAAAAAGAAUACCCAUGGGUUACUAAAGCAAAGGAUGGAUCGCAACAUGCCUUUUGUAAAGUGUGUAAUAAAAAUCUGCAACCACGAAAGGCCACGCUUAAGGUGCACGAAGAAUCGAAAGAUCAUAAACAACGGGUUAAUGCUGUUUCAUCAACAAGAGCAAAUGUUUUUCAGACAAGUAGACAAAAUCUUCAGAAAAGUGAAUCUCUCAAGAAAACUGAGUUGCAGUUGGCAGUUGCAGUGAGUUGUCAUGCUCCUGUUGUGUGUAUAGAUCACUUUAGUGAAAUAAUGAAGGAAAAUAGUAGUGCUGGAAGUUUGUUUGCAAAUUUAAGGCUUCACCGUACCAAAUGUUCAAUGCUAAUUACCAAUGUUGUUUCACCAAGCCUUGAAGAGGAUUUACACAAGAGAGUGAUACAUGCAAAGUAUUACUGCAUUCUAGUUGAUGAGUCCACUGACAUAUCUGCUGACAAGAACAUCUGUGUGUGUUUAAGAUUUUUUGAUGAAACAGUAAAUGAGGUAGUAUCUGCUUUUUUGGGACUGGUACCCAUUACUGAGGCCACAGGUGAAGCUUUAUUUAAAGCAAUUAGUGAUCUUUUGCUCAAGUGUGGUAUUGCCAUUGAAAACUGCAUUGGCUUCUCCAGAGAUGGCGCCAGCAACAUGAUCGGAGAAAAUAAUUCCUUAUGGUCUCGCAUUAAGGUACAGGCUCCACAUUGUAUAAAAAUGCAGUGCACUUGCCAUAGUUUAGCUUUGUGCAUACAAAAAGGAUUUGAUAAACUUCCUCUAACCUUGGUUUCAUGUUACAAGAAGUACCAAAGUGGUUCAGAAAAAGUACAUUAAGGCGCGAGAUGUACAAGAUGCUGUUUGAGACCAUGAAUACUGGUGAAGAAAGGCAUGGCAUACCUCUUCCAUUUCUAACCCUUUCCACAACACGAUGGCUAGUCAGAGGAAAAGUGCUAUUCAACAUUUUAGUUAACUGGAUGGAAUUGAAAGCUUACUUUCAUUGUGCCAGCAUCCAUGGAGCACAAGAUGUAAGGUACAAGGCUCGUCUUUUGUGGGAAAUGUUUUGCGACGACUCCAACUACUUGUACUUUGUCUUCAGUUCACCCUUGGUUACAGAAUUUGAAAGAGUGAAUGCACUCUUCCAGUCUAACAAUGCCAGUCCAUCCUCUUUGCUUCUUGAAUUGGAUAUACAUUAUAAAUCUCUUCACAACAGAAUCUACAGUGAGCAAGGCACGUUACUACCACUGAAUAAAACUGAUUUUGGAGCCAAAUUUUCCAUGGAAUGCAACAGACUUCUUUCCAGCAAAAAUAUGGCCUCUCGCCUGGAAAGCAUACAACAACGGUGCCAGGAAAUGCUUGUUGAACUUGUGUCUCAAGUCAAGAUGAGGCUACCAGAGAAUAGAGGACUGUUUGACAAAUUAAGCAAGUUAUCCCCACAUAAUGUCCUUACCCAGCUAAACAGACCAAAAUUCAAUGAACUUCCAUUUCCUCACCUCCAAGAAUCUCUUGAACUUUGUGAAGAACAAUACAGAAAAAUUCUUUAUCAUCCCUGGAAUAAUGAAGUGGUCUUCAGCUCUGGAAUCCCAGAAGAUCCAGUUAACUUUUGGGCUUCAAUAAAGAAAUAUGAAGAAGGUGGUAGAAAGCCAUAUGAAGCUCUGGCCAGAUAUGCUUUGGCAGCAUUGACAACGCCAGUGAGCAACGCACUUGUUGAGAGGAUUUUUCCCAUGUUAAUGCUGUGAAGACAAAAGUGCGAAAUCGAAUGAAACAUAAGAUGUUGGAGGCUAUUUUGAGGAUACGCACAACCUUGAUUAUGUCUGGAAAAUGUUGUAAAGAUCUAAUAAUUACUGAAAGCAUGUUAGAGAAAUUCAAUGUUGGUAUGUAUGAACAUACAAGAAGUCAAGAUUGUCAGAGUAGUAAGGAUGAUGGCCUUAAUGCUCUGUACGAAUAACUCCCAACUCUUGCCUCUGGAUCCACUCACCAGCUGAUCUGUCCCAUGGCAUCUCUCACAGUCACCCCACUUAUAAAGAAGGAAGAUACCAAUAUGCGACAGGCAUUUACUCCUUAUGAACGCCUCCUUCUGACUCUACGUCAUCUAGCAACUCGUAUGUAUGUAAGGAGAGUCCUACAGAAGCUUGUCUUGACAGUUUAGGAUCAGCCACAACUUAAUCUGUUUGGCGGGGGGGAGACGAGAACGAAGCAAGGUCAGUAGCUCAGAUGGCAGUGAGAGCAGUAUUACUUCAGACACCACGCCCGCUACAUCUCUUCAGUCUCCGCACCACCACCGAGCCCUCCAGUCUAUGCAGCCCAGUGGCCGUGUGUGUCUUGGCGUCGGGCGUGACGUACUGCAACGGCGGUAAUAGCAACGGGAAGCUUGAUCCGUGUGACGGAGGUCUUUCGUGCGACGGGGUGACGUGUCGCUGCUGUGAGAUUAGUGGACCACCCCACCCCACCCCACCCCACCGCACAACACAGCACAGCACAGCACAGCACAGCGGAGAGGAAUUGACGAUCCAAAGUCUUGACCACAGCGGUAGUGAGCCUUGUGUACCUUGCACCUUGCGCUUGUAGGCAUAAGAGUAUGGGAAGCGCUGUUCAGCUUCCGCCCAUCAGUGGCGCAGUAUCAUCCCCGAAGCUCAUCAUGGGUGUAACCACCUAGAACCUGGGUAUCAUGGUGACAUGUAGGUUCAGGCGUGUAAAUGGCAAGAGUAGAUGAAAGAAAAAAGGAGGACGAAGAAGAAGAAAGGAAAAAUAGGAAAAAUUAAAGUGGAAGAGGAGGAAGAGCCAAAACACAAUAUUCAGGAGCCACCAUUGAGACAGGGAAUCCAGCGCCAGUGUAGGAAGCGGAACACAGCUGGCCGGACUCCAGGAAGCUCAGAGCCGGAGGGAGGCAGAUGAGCUGGAGAAGAAUCUGGCGGAUGACUCUGGUCUGCUGAAGGAGCUGCUGGACCAUUUGUCUGAGGCAGAGAAGGACAACCUGCUGCUGCUUCAGUACUCUGCAGAGGAUACUUCAAAGAUCAAGAGUUACAAAGGCCAUGACUGCAGUGAUCCCGUGUGUCCUGCACCAUCAGGGAAGGACUCCGGCUUCGCACGGCGCAUUCACUGACCCUCUCCUCUCCCCAUCACCCUACCAACUCCGGCGACCCACCCCCCCUGCCACCUGCUACACCACUACCACUACCGCCGGCUCCUUCCAGUGAAAGAUUCCUCGCAGACUUCCUGCCAUUCAACGCCUGCUGUCACCACCACCGCCACCACCACCUCCUUAUGGUGGUGUCACUGUACCUGGAAUUGUCAUGAUUGAAUAAUAAAUUGUGAAGAAAUC